AAUAAAACUUUUCUUUCUCAAAGAAGGAGAAGAGGAGAGAUUGAUCUUUGCUCUUUCUACUUUUUUCCUUCAAGACAGAGAGGCCUGUCCUAAACAGAAUUUCCAACCGACAACUUCUCGUAGACAUCAGGUGUUCCACGCGAUUCGAUCGAUUUAUGGAGGAAUCAUGCUAAUACGAUUAAACUGAGAUUCUGGGGGCGAAGCUGUUAUUUGUUCAUAAUGGGGAUAAACUACUUGUCCGUCUCCGUGGCAUCAACAGCUCUGAGCUUUGUUGGGCUUCAAGUCUUGACGGAGUUGUCUCUUGAUAAACUUAUAUCAAAUGGGAUGAUUGCCAAGAAGAGCAUUUCUUUAACAGACUCUGACCAUGCCCUUGACCUGCUUCUCGCUUCUUACUUUACCAUCGCCCUCCUCGCAAUUUUUGUGCUCAAUGUCUAUAUUCUGCUGCUACUUUCUCUCAAGACUCUAUUUUUUGGAGAUUUAUUUAGCGUUGAAGCUAAAACGUUGGUGCUGCGACUUGCCAAUUACAUCAUUUACAAGAUGUUUCAAGCUUUGGCUAGAGACCGGCUUGAACGAUUGAAUGCAUCUCCUUCUUCUACUCCUCGGACCUACUUUCGUGCGUAUUCUGUGCUCUUCUUGGUUCUCUCUGUUGAUUUCUUGUGGAUAAAGCUUGCCCUUAUGACAUAUAGUACAAUUGGUUCUUCUGUGUAUCUGUUGUUACUUUUUGAGCCAUGCAGUAUAGCUUUUGAGACCUUGCAGGCGCUGUUAAUUCAUGGGUUUCAGCUACUUGAUAUGUGGAUCAACCACUUGGCAGUGAAGAACUCGGACUGCCGAAAAUCUAAGUUUCUCGAUUCCAUGACAGCAGGCUCACUGUUGGAAUGGAAGGACCUACUCAACCGACACCUUGGUUUCGUCCUGGACAUGGCUACUUUGGUAAUGGCGCUAGCUCAUUUUCUGUACAUCUGGUGGCUGCAUGGUUUGGCCUUUCCUGUGGUGGAUGCAGUUUUGUUACUCUACGUACGUGCAUUGCUCAGAGUAAUUCUGAAACGAAUAAAAGGAUACAUUAAACUGAGAACAGCUCUAGGAUCACUCCAUGCAGCCCUGCCUGAUGCAACUUCUGAAGAGUUUCGGGCAUAUGAUGAUGAAUGUGCUAUAUGCCGGGAACCUAUGGGUAAGGCUAAAAAGCUUCACUGCAACCACCUUUUCCAUCUUGGUUGUCUGAGAUCCUGGUUGGAUCAAGGUCUGAAUGAGGUCGAUUCUUGUCCUACAUGUCGUAAGCCUCUUUUUGCUGGUAGAACUGAAAAUGAGGCGAACCCUCGCACAACAGAAGUCUCAAGUGAUGAGCUGUUAGCUCGUCAGCUUGAAAGGCAGAACAGUCCUGGACAUCCACUAGCUACUGGAUUGUUUCCUGCCGAUAUACCAAAUCCCAUUGAAAGUGAUCCUUCAAGGUUCAGUUCAUUCUUCUUUAAUGAUUUACUAAAUCAAAGUAACAGUUUGCUUUAUUACUUAAUGAUCACCCUUUUCUUUUUACAAAAUAGGGACUUGGGAUUGGAUCCAAGCUGGCUGCAGGCGUGGUCAGGUCAGGGCGUUGAUAUGGCUGGUCCCUCUAGAGCUUCUAGGUCCGUUGGACUGGGGAGGGUUCAUAUGAUGAUGAGGCAUCUUGCAUCUGUUGGGGAAAGUUAUGCUCAGAAUGCACUUGACGAUGCUGCAUGGAGUCUUUGGCCGAUGAGCCCUUCUCAAGCAUCCACUUUUUCUGCAACCGUACCUCCAGGUGGUGGUGGAAGGACAGGAGGUGGCCUGCAUCUAAGAAGUGUAUCAAGUGGGACAAAUGAAAGCUUGGCGAAUAUACUAGCCAUGGCGAGACAGUGAGGGAAGUCAUGCCACAUGUGCCUGAUGAAAUUAUUUUCCAGGACUUGCAGAGAACAAACUCUGUUGCUGUUACUGUGAACAAUCUUCUCCAGAUGUGAAUGAUAGAUUUUGUGUAAAAAAUACUGAGCACUUGCUGCACUUCCAUUUCAACCUUAGGUUUAGAUUAAUGAUAUGGGACUUGUCCUUGUCCUUCAAGUUUACACACCAGCAUUCCAAGCUUCACCUGCUGUAAAUAGAAGGCGUUGUGCAUCACUCUUUUGCUAUAGAGAAGAAGAGGCUUUCUGUUCAUUGCUCUCAUUGCAGAAAAAUAAAAGUUUGGAUAUUUACACAAGGUGCUGAUACACUGGUGGUCUGGAGAUAUCUUGUGGCAGUCUGACCUCGGCUUCAAGCUUGAGGGAUAGUGACCAGUCUAUGCUGCUACCUCUCCUGUGUAAGAAUGUGUAAUUUACAGUUAAAAAGAAGUAAAUGAAAGAAUCUACUGUUAUUGAUCCAGUAUAGCCUGUUAUGUAGUAUAUCAUCAAAUGUGUAAACUCGUUUUUUUUUUGUCUACAAAUUUAAAAAUGUCUU